UGAGUGGUUAAAUUAUCUCAAUCAUUGAAUAAGGAACGUCGGUUCAUAACGAUACAAUAAAUACUAGUCCAACCGCAUGGUGGAUGUCAAAAGGAUAAGGAUUUGUAAAUUAUUCAAAAUAUACAAUUUAUUGGAGAUUUAUACAAAUUAUCAGAAUGAGUACUUCGAUAAUUAUAGUACGAUUGUUGAUUUGUACGGUGAUAUUCGUACCACUAUGUUGCAGAGGAUUCAAAGAUCGUCGUAUUCCUAAUUUGUAUGAACAAGGUUUGGUAAUAAACUCGACAAACUGGUACCUACAACUCGAUAUCUCCGAUGUAAACGACGAAAUUCAAAAGGCUGUUGACAGAAUUGAAAACAGGUACCGUUCAGACGAAAUUUUACUAUCGAAUGUUAGUCGUUUGAUAAUUGGAAGCCCGGUUCAUGGACAACUGAUUGAUUCCAUGCCUUCCAAAGACGGACAUUCAGGAUCUCGAAAUGCUGAAAUUAUAUUGGAAGUUACACAAAGUUUGAAGAAUACAUAUUGCCUAAAGCACGGGUUAAGUGAUAUACAAUGUGCCAAAGAUUUAACCAAGGUGAAUCUGACUGGGACAACAUUGGGUGAGAUGUGUAUGCCCGAGCAUUACAACAACAAUUCGUGCAUCGGGUACGAGUAUGACUAUCGUAGUUUUGACGGAUCUUGUAACAACCUGAAACGUAAAUAUUUGGGAAAGGCAAACACACCUUAUAAACGUUUGCUGUUUCCAGUCUACACAGAUGGUGUUUACGAAAUGCCAAAUAUUUACGAAGAAAUGCUGCCUAAUCCUAGAUCAGUGAGCACAAAUUUUGUAAAAGACGAGAACUCACCUGACAAAACAAAAUCGAUGAUGAUGGCGUACUGGGCGAUGUUCAUAGGCCACGAUCUAUCACACACGGCAGUUUCUACCAUGGGGAAAGAGAACAGAUUUGUAAAUUGUUGUGAUAAGGACAAAAGUAUUCAAUAUUCUCUGAACAAAAACAUGAGGUCCUGCAAACCUAUACAUAUACCGAAUGAAGAUAGGUUUUUUAAAACGGAUCAGUUUGAUUGCAUGAACUACGUGCGUUCGCGGCCAGCGGUGCGUUCUGAUUGUACAUUUGGACCCAUGGAACAAAUGAACCAAGCUACCCAUUAUUUAGACGCGUCGAUGAUAUAUGGUACGACGGAACAACAGAUGUUGUCGUUGAGAGAUAAUGAGUGGCUCGGCCAACUGUUAAUAGAAAGCAAAUAUAACUAUACGGUACACAAUAACAUCACUCUGGAAAACACAGAUACGAACGUUUGUCAGAACGGCUCCGGCACGUGUUUUAUGUUUGGUGACAUUCGAGCAAACGCGUUCCCACAACUUAGUGCCUUGUACAUAAUGUGGAUGCGUGAACACAACCGGAUCGUCCAAUUACUGUACAAUGAAAGACCUAACAUGACUGACGAUCAACUUUUCUGGGAGGCCAGGAAAAUCGUGACGGCGUGCAUUCAGCACAUCACUUACAACGAAUGGCUGCCGGCACUGCUUGGCGUUAACUACACCAAGGAAAACGGUUUGGGACUGGGAGACAGAACCAUGUAUGACGAGACUGCCGACCCGACAGUUAGCAACAGUUUCGCGACCGCGAUACUGCCGUUUGCAUAUUCCAUGAUCACCGAAUUUAUUAGUUUUUAUGACAUAGAUCACCGCGAAGGUUUUGAAAGCGUAUAUCCUGUUUUUUUUAACUAUUCUGACUACCGCCAAGGAUUCUUAAAGGAAAAUUACAACCGACCACUUAUGGUGGGUGAGACUUCGGAAUAUAAUAUGCUUCUAAUAGGAUUAUUUGUGCAGCCUACACAAAAAGUUGAUAUGUUGUUUACACAAACGAUAACAAAUUACUUGUAUAGUAUUGAUCCAAAUAAUACCUUUGGAAUGGACAUUCUUAGCUUGAAUAUACAACGAAGCCGCGAUCACGGUAUUCCAAGCUACACGCAAUUUAGAAAAUAUUGUGGACUCAAAGACAUAGAAAAUAUGCAAGAUUUGUCUGAAAUAAUGGUGGAAGGUUCAGCUGAUAGAUUAUUGAAGCUAUACAAAACUUGGAACGAUAUAGAUCUAUUGGUUGGUGUAUUGUUGGAAAAACACGCUGACGACGCAAUGGUGGGCCCUACGAUGAGAUGUAUCAUCAGGGAACAGUUUGUGAGAACAAGAAUUGCAGAUAGAUAUUUUUAUGACUUACCAGGAGUAUUCUCUGAUUAUCAACUUGAGGAUAUCCAACAAGUGACACUUGCCAGAAUUUUAUGUAAUGACUAUAAAUUUUAUGGAACCAAUAUAAAUAAAAUGACAACACUAAAAGUCUUUUUGAGACCUGAGGUAUAUGAUGGUUCAACACUUCAUCGAUGUAAUUCACUAUUAAUUCCAGAAAUUGACUUAUGGAGUUGGUUUGAUACAUUUAAGUAACAGUCAAAAAAGUCUUUGUUUAUAAAAAAAUAAUUUUAAGUGGUAAAACAUAAUACUAUAUUACUAUUACAUGGUUUUAAUAUAUAUUCAUAAUAUUUUGUUUUAUAUAACUUCAUCAUACAUUUAUAAAAUAUAAAUAUAUUAUAAAUAUCUUUCAUUGGGAUUGCAAGAACAUUUUUUUGAGAUGAAUCAAAUCCAAAAAUUAACUGACACAUUUGAAUAUAAAAUGUUUUUGAUAAUAUCGUACUGGUAUAAAUAAGUUUUUUUUUAUCAUUCUUCGCCUUUUUGUUUGGACAACAUAAUUC